AUGCCCGUGACUUGUUAUAGAAUGGGACGUCCCCGUCAUGGCGUUCCUCGUUUACUCAAGAUUGUUCUUCCUGCUAGGAAAUUCCAGUCAUUACUACUUAAGCGGGCGCCACGGCUUCGCUUCUUCCCAGUUAAAGGUGUCUUUAUCAGGCCUUCUUUGACGUGGGAAGAGCGAGUCCAGCGGCGGGCCAACAUAACUUCUCCUCACCAAAGUGCUCCUCCAAAAGAAGUGUCAGCUCACAAUGUUUCAUUGCAAAGUUCAUCCAGUCAUCAUAGUGCCGCCGAUCCCCCAUGUCCUAUGCAAAUGUUCCAGUCUUCCUUUUCUAUAGCGGCAAUCACCGAGACGUGGCUUAAACAAUCUAAUGACAUCACCCCACUGCUGGGCGCUGGGGCUUAUAAUAUCAUCAGAUGCGAUCGCACGCGUAGGAAGGGUGGCCGGGUAGCAAUAUUGUUGUCUAAGGAAUUACAAUACACUGCUGUUUUCUCUGAGUCAGUUCCCAACUCAUAUGAAAUUCUUGCUUGUGAUUUAAUUCCUUUAGGUUCUCCUCCCGUCAGAUUGAUUUUAUCUUUUCUUGACUUAUGCUCUAACUACGGUUACCUACAACUAGUAAAGAGCCCCACUCGCCAAGGAAACAUUUUAGACCUUAUCCUAUGCAAUGAUCACAGUCUUAUAUCGGAUGUAGCCAUACACGCACCUAUCGGAACUAGUGAUCAUUGUUCUUUGAGUGCUGCACUACAAAGUCGGCAUGUCCGUCGCUCGCUCACUUAUUGCCUAGAUUAUAGGAAGUACUGA